AUUCUGCAACCACAGUUCAGAUAGCCAAACACUAUGAGAACCAUUACACUCUGCCUUUUGCUGCUCGUUUCGGCCAGCUACCUGAUCAGCACGAAUGCCAAGGCAACGGUGGACGAUUCGAUCAAUUUCGAGGAUGUAGAUUUGGAUGCACUGAUUGAUGAACUGGAGGGCGAUUAUAUGGAUGUGGAGGAGUUUGGCUUCAUCAGGUCGGUGCGCAAGGCCCUCAAGAAGGUGCUGAAAACAGUGCGCGGCGUCAACUGCACCAUUAAGGAGGUCAUCGAGGUGUUGUCCGCGGCCACCAACUAUGUGGAUGCUAUUGAUGCCUGCGGCACAGCCGUGCCCAAGGAUGUGGCUGCCAUUGUCAAGUCCUGCAAGACCAUCAUCUCCAUCUGCAACGAUAUCAUCAAUCUGAACAGCAAGCUGUGCACCGCCGAUGAGCCCGAUUCCAACCAGAUGUCCUCCAAGAAGUGCUUCUGGCAGUUGUUCAAGGCUGUCAUGAGGCUAACCAGAAAGAUCAACACCACCCUGAAGCAGAUCGCCAAGCUGCCCUCCGACACCAGCUCUUGCUUUCUCGAUGCAACAAACGAUGUUAAGAUCAGCUUUAACAAUUUCUUGCCCAAUAUCAACACUUGCGUCGAUGAAAUGUAAACGUACAGUAUGUCAAUAAAGUGUUUUUACUAACGAAAAAAAA